UCCCCUUCUAUGGUAUAAAAGUUCGGAGUUCAGCAUUUAAUAGAUCUCUAACAAGCUGGCAGAGCAAUGACUACUUACUGCUCAGUCACAGCUCAAGAUUUUGGAUUUAUUUUGGUUUCCGUCUAAAUAUAAAGGUACUUCUCUUCAGGCCGAAGUUAUCUCUGUCCAAUCUAUACCUGGCUCUCAGGAGGGAAGAAAAAUGUGUACAUGCUUCUAACCCAAGUCUGCAGUUUCUGCUAGGACUCAAAUGUGUCCACUCCUAAUAUUUUACAGAUACCCAUUGCCUGUUUUUUUUUCAGUAUAAAUUGGUGAUAUUGAUAUAUCUAAAACAUUUAUGUCUGCUGUAAAAUAAAAACUCAUAUAGGCCCUCUUUCGGGACUGGGCUCCAAGAUGACCAAAAAAAGGAGAAACAACGGUCGUGCCAAAAAGGGCCGCGGCCAUGUGCAGCCAAUUCGCUGCACUAACUGUGCCCGCUGCGUGCCCAAGGUCAUUAAGAAGUUCGUCAUUCGGAACAUCGUAGAGGCCGCCGCCGUCAGGGACAUAUCGGAAGCAAGUGUCUUCGACGCUUAUGUGCUCCCCAAACUCUAUGUCAAGCUGCGUUACUGCGUGAGCUGUGCUAUUCAGAGCAAGGUAGUCGGGAAUCGAUCUCGGGAAGCUCGGAAGGACCGAACGCCCCCACCACGACUUAGACCUGCUGGUGCUGCCCCACGACCUCCACCAAAGCCCACGUAAAGUGGCUUCAUAAAGAUAGAAGAGAACACCUUGGAAAAAUAAAAUGGAACUUAUACAUU